AUGUCAAACUGGUCAACCAAUCCAUCCAAUCUAAUUAUUAGUUAUAAGCUUUCGAUGAUUUUCAACCUCGUAUCACAUUUGACGCAGGAUUACUUAGGAAUUUGCAAGUUAAUGAAUAAGUCUACUUCUUCAGGCUUCACUGGGAAGACAUUAUUUGCCGACACUACCACCCUCCACCCGAACAACCGUCUAAGUCCACCACACCCCACAUUAGCGCUCCAAUGGACCGAAUCACACCACAACCACAGGGAAGCGCGAACGCUUUCCCCAAACGCAAAAAUUAAGCUGUUGUCUCUCGCUUAG